AUGGGUCUUUUAGAGCAGGAUGGGAAGCUCGUCUACACCUACGACGCAGAGAAAGUCUGGGUUGAACCAUGGGGCCUAGAUUCCUUUCGAGUUCGGGCUACCAAGGCUCGUGAGAUGCCUAUCGAAGACUGGGCGUUGCUCAAGCCCAAGAAAGCAGAUGUCAAGAUCACCAUUGACGACAAGGCCGGUACAAUCACCAACGGCAAGAUCAAGGCUUCCGUAACCAGCGGUGGCAAGCUCAUGAUAUGGAACUCAAAGGGCGAGCUGCUGCUCGAGGAAUAUUCGCGCCACCGACGGGAUGUCCUGGAUCCCAAGUGCAGCGCCCUCGACGUUGAGGCACGCGAGUUCCUCGCCAUCGUCAACAGCAACGACUAUCACCUCACUGCGAGAUUCGAGAGCGUCGAUGCGGAGGAAAAGAUCUUCGGGAUGGGCCAGUACCAACAGCCAUUCCUGGAUCUCAAGGGCCACGACCUCGAGCUCGCUCACAGGAAUUCCCAGGCCAGUGUCCCGUUCGCCGUCUCCUCGCUGGGGUACGGCCUUUUGUGGAACAACCCGUCAGUCGGUAGAGCAAUUCUGGGCCGUAACAUUAUGAGUUUCGAGGCCAAGUCAACUCGGGCCCUCGACUACUGGAUCGUCGCUGGCGAUUCCCCGGCCGAAAUCGUCGAGGCUUACGCCGACGCCACGGGCAAGGUUCCGAUGAUGCCAGAGUACGGCCUCGGGUUUUGGCAAUGUAAGCUGCGAUACCAGACGCAAGAAGAACUCUUGGAAGUUGCGCGCGAGUAUAGGAAACGCGAGCUACCCAUUGAUCUCAUUGUCAUUGACUUUUUCCACUGGCCGCUGCAGGGAGAGUGGAAAUUCGACCCGACGUACUGGCCCGACCCGGAUGCCAUGAUCAAGGAGUUGCAGGAGCUCAAGAUUGAACUGAUGGUUUCCAUCUGGCCCACUGUUGAUCACAAGUCUGAGAACUGGGAUGAGAUGGUCGAGAAGGGGUACCUCAUCCAGUCUGACAGAGGCAUCCGGAUUGCCAUGAACUUCCAGGGCGAUACGACGCAUUUUGACGCCACCAACCCCGGAGCAAGAGACUACGUAUGGAAGAAGGCCAAGAAAAACUACUACGACAAGGGCAUCCGUGUCUUUUGGCUGGAUGAGGCCGAACCCGAAUACACAGUCUACGAUUUCGACACGUACCGGUACCACCUGGGAUCCAACGUCUCAAUCGGCAACAUUUACCCCGUCGAGUACGCGAAGGCCUUCUACGAGGGAAUGGAAGCUGAAGGUCAAAAGAACAUUGUGAACCUCAUCCGAUGUGCAUGGGCUGGAAGUCAGAAGUAUGGUGCCUUAGUCUGGAGCGGUGACAUUGCUUCGUCCUGGGGAAGUCUGCGCAACCAGGUCGCAGCUGGCUUACACAUGGGCCUCUCCGGUCUUCCAUGGUGGACGACUGAUAUCGGUGGCUUCCACGGCGGAGACCCGAGGGAUGAAAAAUUCCGUGAGCUGUUCGUCCGGUGGUUCCAAUGGGGUGCUUUCUGUCCCGUUUUCCGUCUCCAUGGAUGUCGGGAGCCUGAGCAGCCCCAGCAUGGUACGACGGGGGGCGCUGAAUGCCAUAGCGGCGCGCCAAAUGAGGUUUGGUCUUAUGGGCCUGAGGUCUAUGAGAUUUGCAAGAAGUACAUGUUUCUCCGAGAGGAGUUGCGUGAUUACACGCGUUCGCUGAUGAAGGAGGCGCACGAGAAAGGCACGCCUGUCAUGCGAACGCUCUUCUACGAGUUUCCGAAGGACCAGGAAACUUGGAAGAUUGGUCAGCAGUAUAUGUUUGGCAGCAAGUACUUGGUGUGCCCGGUGCUGGAGGCGGAGAAGAGGAACAUCAAGGUCUAUCUCCCCCAGCUAGAAGCAGGAGGCAAGUGGAAGCCACUCCUCGAGGGGAAGUCGGACACGUACGAGGGUGGAAAGUGGAUCGAGAUCGAUGCUCCUCUAGAAUGGAUGCCAGUAUUUAAGAGAGAAUAA